CUUCUCUACUCGCCAAGUUCUUUCUUCCCCAGCAUAAAACCGUUGGCUUGGGAAGGAUUCUGGAAGGACGAGUCAGAUUUCAAUCUACCUAGUACUUUCGCAGCUUAUACCCCUUACCCACCGGUCUAUUAUAUAAGAUCUUAUCUUAGUCAUCCGAGACAUACGCCUCUAUACAAUGGCAGACCCCUCAACCUCACUACCCCUAACCCGCGCCUCAGUCGCCGAAGCUCGGAAACUCAUCGAGCCGUUUAUACAUCGGACUCCGGUUAUCUCCAGCUCCUCGCUCUCGGAGCUUGCUUCUUUGCCGGCGUCGGGGGAGGGGAAGGCGAAACCGAAACUUAGGCUUUGGUUCAAGUGUGAGAAUUUUCAGAAGGUGGGCGCUUUUAAGGCCCGUGGCGCUUUUCAUGCCAUUGAGAGGUUGAAGAAGGAGCCGGGGUGGCUUGAGGGUGGCGGUAGGGAGAGGGGGGUUGUUACGCAUAGCUCUGGAAACCAUGCACAAGCUCUCUCACUCGCAGCCCGCACUAACAACAUACCCGCUUACAUCGUCAUGCCGACGAUAUCGGCGCCUCCAAAGAUCGCCGCGACCAAGGGCUACGGCGCCAACGUGAUCUUCAGCGGCAGCACUAGCACUGAACGCGAGGCCGUCACCGCAAAGGUCAUUGAAGAUACCGGCGCCCGUCUUGUGCCUCCCUAUGACCACCCGGAUAUUGUCCUAGGUCAAGGUACUGUAGGUCUCGAGUUCCAAGAACAAGUCGAACUCUUGAUAGCCGAGGAGGCGGAAAAGAGCGGAAAGCCGACGACGAAGAAAGGUCUCGACGCUAUUAUUACGCCUUGUGGAGGCGGUGGCAUGCUCUCCGGCGUAGCCCUCGCCUGCGAAGGAACCGGGAUCCGCGUCUUCGGCAGCGAGCCCUCGUUCCAAGGCGGCGACGACGGAAAGCGGGGUUUCGAAUCCGGGUCGCGGAUCACCAGCGUAAAGACUCUCACCAUCGCCGACGGUCUGCGCACGCCCGUCGGCGCGGUCCCGUGGUCCGUGAUCUACGAGCGACGGCUCGUGUCUGGGUUAUACGCCGUGACCGAGGAGCAGAUCAAGAGCGCGAUGAAGCUCGCGUACGAGCGGUUGAAGGUUGUGAUCGAGCCUAGCUCGGCGGUGCCGCUUGCGGUUGUGCUGUAUGAUGAGGGGUUUAGGGCGUUGGUGGAGAGGGAGGCUGGGGAGGAGGGCUGGGAUGUGGGUGUUGUGUUUAGUGGUGGGAAUGUUGAGUUGGAUAAGCUUGGGGCGUUGUUUGGUGGGGUUUAAGGGGAU